AUGUUGAUGAAUGCAGCAUCAACCGGGGGGGCUGCAAAUUUGGCUGCAUCAACACACCCGGUAGCUACCAGUGUACCUGUCCCGCCGGCUGCAAGCUGCACUGGAACAAAAAGGACUGUAUAGGUACGACAGGGCUGGGGACACCCCAGUAUAACCUGGACAUCCCCCAGUCAGAGGGAUUGGGAUGCUGGUCCAGGGUCCCCGUGCUGUGCUCUGGGAAUUCCCCCAUGACCUGGGAGGGUGCAGGGGUCCCUCGUGGAUCCCUGGGCUGUGCCAGCCACGGGCAUCCCCGUUUGUCAUCACCAGCCGGCGCGUGUCCCUCAGAGCUAGUGAAAUGCCUGCCAGGUUCAGUGCCACCACGGGCCACCCUCACCUGCAACAAGACGGGCAAGAAGGACAGCUGUGCCCUCACCUGUGCCUCCAAGGCUCGAUUCCUGCCAGGUACCAGCCCCAGUGCCACCGCCGGGACGGGCAGGGGGGUCCCCGUGUUGUCCCACGCUGGGGUUGUUGAGCACCUGCUUUUUCUUUUAGAGACUGUCGCCGCGCCAAUCAAACAAAAAGCUUCCUUCAAGAUCAAGGAUGCCAAGUGCCACCUGCACCCGCGGGCCAAGGGCAAGCAGGAUGAGGCCGGGAGGGCUGGGCCACAAGGUGGUUCGGCACCCUGCUCCGACUGCCAGGUCACCUUUGUCAACCUCAAGUGUGACUCAUCCAAGAAGGGGAAGGGCCGCCGGGCUCGCAACUCCUCCAACAAGGAGGUGACACGCAUCACGCUGGAGUUUGAGGCAGAGAUCAAACCGGAGGAGAUCACAGCCAGCUGUAACCUGCACUGCCUGCGACAGAGGGUGGAGAAGAAGCUCAAGUCGGCCAUCAAAGCCUUGAAGAAAUCCAUCAACCAGGAGCGGUUCCUGCUCCGCUUCGCCGGGAUGGAGUACGAGGUGGCGAGGAAGCUGAGCGUGGCCCCGGAGAGGCAGGAGAGCUGUGGGCCAGGCCAGCAGCGCCUGGGCGGCAAGUGUGUUAGCUGCUCACAGGGAACGUAUUACCACGGGCAGACGGAGCAGUGUGUCCCCUGUCCCCCCGGCACCUACCAGGAGAAGGAAGGACAGCUCUCCUGUGACCUGUGUCCUCGUGGUGAUGCUUUUGGACCAGUGGGAGCCACCAACAUCACUGGCUGCACGG